AUGACCAGAAGUUCCAGGCGCUCAUAUUCUGACAGUGACAGCAGUGAUUACAGUUCUAGGAGAAGCUACAGUAGCUCAGACAGGCGGUCUUCCUCAAGGCACAGAUCUGAUUAUGACUCGGCAAGGAGCAGAAGCAGAUCAACAUCAAGAUCCAGGUAUACAAGGAGCUACACCAGAAGCAGAAGCUCCAGUUAUGAUGAUGACAGGAGAAGAUCUUCCUCCGAGAGGAGACGAUCUGAUGAUGAUCUGUCUCUUUCUGAAAGCAAACGUAAGAGUUCGAGAUCUCCAACCCCCAAAAGGAAAAAACACUCUAAACAUCGCAGCAGAAAAAGGUACUCAUAUUCAGUGUCUCCUAGGCGAAAAUCUAUAUCUGAUAAUGAAUUGCUAGCUGAUAACAAGAAUAAAGAAACAAAAUCGAAGAGUUCAAGAUCUCCAAGCCCAGUUAAGAAAAAGCGGUCGAAACACCGCAGCAAGAAAAAACAUUCAGCAUCUCCUAAGAAAAUAUAUAUUUCUGAUGAAGAACCAGCAUCUGAAAGAAAAGAUAAAGAAUUGAAACCAAAAAGUUCAAGAUCGCCAAGUCCUGUUAAGAAGAAACGAUCUAAACGGCAUAGCAAAAAAAGGCAUUCACCUUCAGCAUCUCCGAAGGUAAUAUCAAUUUCUGACAAUGGCCCCUCGCCAGAACGAACAGUUAAGGACGUGAAAUCGAAGAGCUCAAGGUCGCCAAGUCCUGUGAAGAAAAAACGCUCCAAACGUCGCCACAAGCAUAAACAUUUGACUUCCGCGUCUCCCACACAUAGGAAGUCUACAGAAACGAAUGGAUUCAUAAAGCCAGCAAAAAGAGCAAGAUCACGGAGUGACAGUAGAGAAUCUGCUAGAGCAGUUUCACAUGGCCGCCGUUCAGUAUCCCCAAGCAAAAAACACAGAAAUCACAAAGAUGCCAGGGAGAACACAACAAAUCAUAAACAUAAUGAGAAGCCUUCUGAAAGAGGCCACCCUCAGGAGGCUGAUGGGAACAUUGAUGGACAACAUAAAAGAUCAAAUUGGUGGGCAGAAAACAGAAAUGAAGAAGAGGAUGCUUUGAGGAUGGCGAGGAGAAGAGAAGAAAGAGAAAGAAUUGGUGCAUUUGUUUUUAAUGAAAUAUGGGCAAAGUCACCGCCACCCGAACCAGA